AACAUUUCGCCCGAACCACAUCUCUCUCCUUUCUCUCUCUCUCUCUCUCUCUCUCUCUCUCUCUCUCUCUCUCUCAACAUCUGAUUCAGAGCUAGCUAGCUAUAGCAGCAAUGGCCAUGGCUUCUCUUCUCAGCCCUUCUUCUUCCAAUUUACUUCUCCACCACCUAAGAGAAGUCCAUCUGCCAACGAUCCGACCUGCAGAGGUCGAAGAAAGCAGUAACAUUGGAGAGGCUAGACACAGACCAGCCUCAGCUGCUAUCGUGGCGCCAAACGCUGCUUUCAGCUUCAGGGGCCCACAAACGACGGUGUACGCUGCGGCCUACUGCAUCGGCGGAGGUACUAGUUUGUGCCCGGAUGAGGUCCUUCUGACUGCUCUCCCGGUCAAUGGACCCACCCGACAAGACGCUAUGGCUGCAAUCAUGGCGUUCCGGUUGAAGAUGACCUUACGCCAUAGCAGCAGCCGCCGGCAAUUGGUGGAUUUCUGUUUUCUGGUGCCGGCUGAGGGUGGUGACCAGAAUUUUGUGGACCCUGCACCAAACAGGGGACCCAAUUAUAUCCCGGAUCUCAAUGUCUCGCCGCCGGAUGCGACGGCGCCGGCGAUGGAGUUCGUCGGAGAAAUAAAGAGCCAGAACAUCUCCCGGUUCAUUGAUUACGUGGUGGGGUACCUGGGCGAGUACGGGAGUGAUGAUUCGGUGGCGGAGUACAGGAAGAUUCUGAGCAGCAAAAGUGAAGACGAAAUCGGAAACCUUGAUUCGAUUCGUGUCUGGAAUAUUCUCACCCUGAGAACCGAAAUUCAGAAGGCGCUCGUUGCGAAAGGCCUUGUUGAAGCCCCAAUCGGCUCCGAUGAUGUUCAAUUCCCGGCGCAGCAGCAGCUGCUUCCCAUUCCACAACAAGGCUGGACGGCCGCCCUUAACCAUGCUCAUAUUCAUUGUCAUGUCACUGCUGCUGCCGCCGGCACCGGUGCCAAUUUUAACGGCAACGACAAAACUAUGUCGGAUGGUCGCAAUUAUGGUGUUGGUUAUGAGAAGCAGAGCAACGUGGCAAAGCGGAAGGCGGUGGCUGUUGGUGGUGUGGACGAGGACGACCCAUGUUGUCCCUAUGAUCAGCCGAUGAAGAAGCCCAGCCACGGCGUCGGCGGGGUUCUUUGGAUCGAUGAGGCUAAAGCCCUGGCUCGGGACAAGGCGCCUAUUGAUGAAGCAGAGGAGGAGGGCGUGUCCACUGACUGAAUCAAUCCUCCGAAAAGUCCCUUUUGAUUGUUUUGUUUAUUUAUUUAUUUGUUUUUUUUUAUACUGGAAGGCUUGUGUGUGAAACUUGUGUGUUGUUUUGUUCCUUUUGCUUUUGCUGGGUUGGUUUGUGUAGAAGAGAGUGAGGGUUUGUUUCCACUUUAUUGAAUAAAGUAAUUUGUAAUUGCGCUUA